GUAAAUCAGUUUUUGUCAAAAGCCACCUGAGCCUAAUUUUUUAAGCCUCUCAGAACUUGGCCUGUUUUCAGGGGUCAGUGCUCUCUAAUGAAAAUAAUUGCUGAACCAAUGCAGACUCUGGCCUUCACUACCAUUAUGACAGAGCUGGGAGACUGAAGGGGGCAAGUUUUCUAUUUGCCAAGAGUGUGAAAAUAAAAACAAUUCAUUUGUGGAGGCAGCAAUUCUUGAACAUUUGAAAAUAAAUCACAUCCAAGUACCGCCGGUACAUGGAAGUAAUGAUUAUAAGUUUUAACUUUCAAGUUCCAAGCUGCUGCCAGUUACAGUACUGCUGCAACAAUUGAGCGAGUCCCCGCUAAAUUGUUAGCAAGUCAAGUCACACAACUUUGCUCAGUUACAACAUGCAGUACACAAUGUAAAAUGUUUCAGAGAUCGUAAAACAAAAAAAGUCUCAAUUGACAGUUUGAGAUUAUGAUGAACAUAUCUGUAGGGUUAACUUUGGGCUGUCAACUCAGCGACAGGGUCAGAUCUGCACACGGAGCUGACAUAAAUGGUUACCCUUCAAAUCUUACGAAUAGACUCUGUCGAAUGGUACUUAAUAAAGCCUUUGAAGAACUCUUACACAACUGUAAAAAAGAUUACAAAAUAAAAAAGAAAUAAAUAAAAGCAAAAAAUAACAAUGGAAAAUCAAGUGAUAAUGUGAGUUUGAGAGGUCCCAAAAAAAAAGUGCCUCUUGUCCAUGUUACCUGAUGACUUUACUUCCAGGCGUCACACCGGGUCUUCUGAUUUAUCGGCAAUUAAAUAGCUACGGGGCGGCCCGGUAGUCCAGUGGUUAGCACGUCGGCUUCACAGUGCAGAGGUACCGGGUUCGAUUCCAGCUCCGGCCUCCCUGUGUGGAGUUUGCAUGUUCUCCCCGGGCCUGCGUGGGUUUUCUCCGGGUGCUCCGGUUUCCUCCCACAUUCCAAAAACAUGCGUGGCAGGCUGAUUGAACACUCUAAAUUGUCCCUAGGUGUGAGUGUGAGCGUGGAUGGUUGUUCGUCUAUGUGUGCCCUGCGAUUGGCUGGCAACCGAUUCAGGGUGUCCCCCGCCUACUGCCCGGAGACGGCUGGGAUGGGCUCCAGCACCCCCCGCGACCCUAAUGAGGAUCAAGCGGUACGGAAGAUGAAUGAAUGAAUGAUAAAUAGCUACGUGCAUCCUUUGUAAAUCAAAAACAAUAAAAUAUUCUUCAAGAUUAUGAAAGCUAUACGAAAUGUUACGCCUUUUAAAUGAUCCACAUCCAUUUCAAAUGCAAUGAAUUAAAAUGAUUCCUGUACUCAUCAACCAUCAACAUUUCCAAUUGUAAACAAUGUAUCAAUGCAACUAAAAAUCUUCAAUUGAAUUUAUGCUCCUAUCGACACGUUGUUAAGUGGCAUACAAAAGAUAUUUGCACAUUAGUCACUGGGCGCUCAGAACGACACGUCAACACUAGCUGCCGUUUGCAUGUGUCAGUUGUAUUCACACGUUUACAUUGACAUAGGAGUCAUACAGGAGUCAUUAAAUGGAACAUUCCUUUGAUUAAGUCCAUGUCAUGCUGCUUGAAACUUAAUUAUGUUCGACACUUAUUUUCAUAUGUCAACAGCCAGCAGACAAUGUCCUGGAAAUGUCAAUCACAAAAUAUGUGAGCUCGCUGACAGGGUGGACAUUUUUGGCUAAUGUUAGCAUUUUAGGAGAAAUUGGUGGCUCUUCACUGAGCAAAAUGAUUCUGUUAGCAAGUUGACUCUACUGUUUAACAAAUCAAGUUUUGGAAAGGGGAUAUUUCAUUUAGACAGAGAAGAAGCGUGACAACAUUCAACGACACGUGAUGAAAACGACAAAAGAUGUGUAAGUGUAAAUACUCAUUCGGUAAGUAUCCACCGUUGCAGCCUGCAUUGAAAAAAGACAAUCUGCUGGUCGUAAUUUCACUGAAAACAUCAGAGGGUUUCUUGGCAGGGAGGAGGAAGCUGUUGUGCGUGGAAUGUCAUCAAAAACAAGGCAGUACGAGAAACCUGUUGAACAAGUUGCACCCAAAUGAAGAAGUGGAAAACAUGAAAAUGCGAGCAGGGUGUGCACAGUCUGACCACGUAAACAUUAGCAGUUUAGUCGCCAAAAAUUAGCCGGCAGCCACCGGAUGACAGCAGUGAGGACAAAGAAGUACAUUUUCCCCAAUAUGUCCCUCUUUUGGUGGAGCAGAAUCAGUUCUGGGACAGUGGAAUGACCUCAGGAGCGUUGUACUUAACUGUGGAAUGCUCCACUGUAUCUUCCAUGAAGUAAAUCUGCAAAUGUCCUCUCAGCUUUCAGCGGCAGAUGUCAGAACCAUGUCUGUCCUUUCUACCGGCAAAGAAAAUGUUGAACAUGCCCGGCUCUCACUCAAGCUACGCGGGAUGCCCGUUGUAUCAGCGGCACCUGUCGGAGCCUCUGGCUCCAGUUGGCGGUGGAGGCGUUUGCAAACAGGAGAUGGUGGAUUCGCGCUACCCGGAAGCAGUGGCGUGUGGUUCUAGCAUGCCGGCCUUCGCCAACAUCACCAUCAAACAAGAGCCAAGGGACUUUGGCUUUGACACAGAGGUUCAAACCUGCCAGUCAUCAUCCUUUGGCAAAACGUCAGUCGUGUACCCGCAUGGAGGCUCAGCUUUUGGUCGUGACGCAGAAGCCCGCUUCAGCUACGACGACGCUUGUGUCGUGCCGGACAGACUGGAGGCAGGAUGGUUUGCCCUACCAGCGGCGUGGCUCCCUGCAGCUGUGGCAGUUCCUGCUCACGCUGUUGGACAACCCGGCCAACGCACAUCUGAUUGUGUGGACGGGGCGUAAUAUGGAGUUCAAACUCAUUGACUCUGAAGAGGUGGCCCGGCUCUGGGGAAUCCAGAAGAACCGGCCUGCCAUGAACUAUGACAAGCUGAGCCGCUCGCUGAGGUACUACUACGAGAAGGGCAUCAUGCAGAAGGUUGCUGGGGAGAGAUAUGUAUACAAGUUUGUGUGCAAACCAGAGGCCCUCUUUUCCAUGGCGUUCCCAGAGAAACGGAGGUCCAGUGUGAAGGCCGACUCUGACGCCCUCCCCUUCAUUGGCGAGGAGGAUGGCUUAACUCUGCCCACGUUCGAGGAGGAGGGUCCUUACUUGGCAGACGGAGGCGAGCAGUGCCUUCAGGGACUGAUCUUCCCCGAAAGCUGCCUGUACUAGGCCACAGUCUAAAGGAUAGCGAUGUGGGAUUUUUCAGAUAUAAAAUCUAAAAAUGACCUUUGUCUGGUAUGUUUUAGCCCACGGGAACCCUUUCCAGCCAAAUACAGUAUCAAGACACACGUUGUGCAGGAUCAAAUGACAAUUUUACCUUGGAACAUGCACAUUAUUCGGGCAAAUGUAGUCCACGUGAAUUUGGCAUGUCCUGGCACGCUGGGACUGGUGCUCACGUCGGCCUCACAUUGCAGAGGUGCAGGGUUUGAUUCCGGCUCCGGGCUUCCUGUGUGGAGUUUGAAUGUUCUCCCCGUGCCUGCGUGAGUUUUCUCCGGGUACUCCGGUUUCCUCUCACAUUCCAAAAACAUGCAUGGCAGGUUAACGGAACACUCGAAAUUGUCCCUGGUGUGAGGGCAGAUGGUUGUUCGUCUCUGUGUGUUGGCAACCGGUUCAGGGUGUCCCCCUCCUAUUGCCCGAAAACAGCUGGGAUAGGCUCCAACAUGCCCGCGACACUUGUAAGGAGAAGCGGAUCAGAAAAUGGAUGGAUGGAUGGAUAGUCCAGGGGAAGUGCUACAAUUCAACCAAAAACAAAUCUUUCCAAGUCAUGCAGCUCUUCACCCUGCGUGAAAGAGUCAUGCUCGUAUUUUUCAGGUCUCUUGAUCCUCUUAUAAAUUUCUAUUUUGACAUGGUGUUUUUCUGUUUAAAAGCUAAUAUUUUUGUCAUUAAAUGAACUUGUAAGUUGUACUGUUUUUGACAAAAUUAUAGCCUAUAUGUUUGAUUCACUGCCGCCCUAAUGCUAGUAUGCUGGAGAAAUUCUUACAAUGCGCUUCAGGGUGUCCAAAUAAUUUGCUGCAUUUUGUACAUAGAGUAGCUUCAGUGUGUAUAAACUCUGCACAGUCGAGUCCUGCAUACUUGCGGUUCAGCACUUGCGGGUUUACACACUUGCAGAUUUUUAUUCAAUCGUUAAAGAAAAAAGAAAUAAAUUUAAUCACAGGAGAGUUUUUUGGGGUUGGUUUUCUUCAGCCCCCCCGGUCCCCAUUUUAGUGGGAAACAUACAUUGAAUGUUAAUCAGUGUUUUUUUUUGGGGGGGGGGGGGUGCGGGGGGGGGGGGUCUUUUUAUUUCUUUAUGUAAUUAAUUUUCUUUAUUUUCAUUUCCAAAUGCAUUUUGGUGGAUUUUGGCCAAUUGCGGACCAGCCGAAUUGCGGGGGUCGACUGUAUUUUUAUUCUGUAUAUGAAUCUAGUAUAUUUUUGCAAAAGGCUGCAAGUUGCACAGUUUCACUUGAUGUGUUGGUGACAGAGCGGUGUUCUUUUUUGCAGAUGAAACAUAUUUCGUUGUGGUAUCACUGCAGGAGAAUAUUGGCCUUCAUAUAUUGUACAUGUGCCCUGUGUUAAUCUUCAAUGAUUUAAUAAAAUAAUUUUACUCACA